AUGGGAGCAAAUGUCUCUCCAGUGUCUGGGAGCCGUGGGGGCAGCCUCACAAAGUUGCUGCAGGGGGGCGUGGCCUCGCCUGCGCCUCCGCGUCGGCUGCGCACUAGCUGCGCGUCCCUCAGUGCCGGGUCCCAGAGCGCGCACUUGCGCACCCCUCCCGCGAGGUUCCUCUGCGUGCGGGCGCCGGGCCCCCAGGACCUGAGGCCUCCCCGCCUCGGGGCUUGCGCCAGGGAGCCCCCUCUCUGCCGGGUCCGCUCCGGGCCUGAACCCUCCGGCAGUGCCCGUGCCUCCCCUGCCACUUCCCGGAGACGCGCCUGGCCCAGCGAGAUGAAGCACCCAGGCUUGUGGAAGAUACUCACAGUGGCAGCAUGCACAGCCCUUCUGGGCGGCCUGCAAGCCCAGGAACUCCAGGGACAUGUCUCCAUCAUCCUGCUGGGAGCAACUGGGGACCUGGCCAGAAAAUACUUAUGGCAGGGGCUGUUCCAGCUCUACCUGGAGGAGGCAGGGAAGGGCCACACAUUCAGCUUCCAUGGGGCUGCCCUAACGCCCCCCAAGCAAGGCCAGCAGCUCAUAGACAAGGCCCUGCAGACCCUCUCCUGUCCCGAGGACACAGCCCCUGGUCACUGUGCCAAGCUCAAAGACCAGUUUCUGCGGCUAACACAGUACCGCCAGCUGAAGACGGCUGAAGACUAUCAGGCACUGAGCAGGGACAUCGAGGCACAUGUCCAGCAGGAAGGCCUCUGGGAGGCUGGCAGGAUUUUCUACUUCUCCGUGCCACCUUUCGCGUAUGCAGACAUUGCCCGCAACAUCAACAGCAGCUGCCGCCCUGGCCCAGGUACCUGGCUGCGGGUUGUCCUUGAGAAACCCUUUGGCCAUGACCACAGCUCGGCCCAGCAGCUGGCCACAGAACUGGGGAGCUAUUUCCAAGAGGAAGAGAUGUAUCGGGUAGACCACUACCUUGGCAAGCAGGCUGUGGCCCAGAUCCUGCCAUUCCGAGAGCAAAACCGCAAGGCCUUGGACCACCUCUGGAGUCGGCACCAUGUGGAGCGGGUAGAGAUCAUUAUGAAGGAGACCGUAGAUGUGGAAGGCCGCACCAGUUUCUACGAGGAGUAUGGCGUCAUCCGUGACGUCCUGCAGAACCACUUGACCGAGAUCCUCACCCUGGUGGCCAUGGAGCUGCCCCUCAACAUCAGUGACACGGGGGCCGUGCUGCAGCACAAGCUGCAGACCUUCCAGGCUCUGCGGGGCCUGCAGAGAGGCAGCGCUGUGGUGGGCCAGUACCAGGCUUACAGCGAGCAGGUGCGCAGGGAGCUGCAGAAGCCAGCCAACUUCCAGAGUCUGACUCCAACCUUUGCAGGUGUCCUCGUUCAUAUUGACAACCUUCGUUGGGAAGGUGUUCCUUUCAUCCUGAUGUCCGGCAAAGCUUUGGAUGAGAGAGUUAGCUAUGUGCGGGUCCUGUUCAAGAACCAGGCGUACUGUGUCCAGAGUGGGAAGCACUGGGCCACGGGCCAGAGCCAGUGCCUGCCCCGGCAGGUCAUCUUCUACAUUGGGCAUGGUGACUUGGGCAGCCCUGCUGUGCUGGUCAGCCGGAAUCUGCCCAGGCUGGCACUGCCUGCUGACGGCUGGAAGGAGGUGGAAGCCCGGCCUGGACUCCGCCUCUUCGGCCAUCCUCUGUCCGAUUUCUACACUUACAGCCCUGUGAGGGAGCGGGACGCCUACUCCACCCUCAUCUCACACAUCUUCCACGGCCGCAAGGACUCCUUCAUCACCACGGAGAACCUGCUGGCCUCCUGGUACUUCUGGACGCCUCUGCUGGACAGUCUGGCCCUUGAGGUCCCACGCCCCUAUCCGGGAGGGGCCGAGAGUGGACAAUUGUUGGACUUUGGGUUCAGUGGCGGUCAGCUCUCCUUUUCCCAGCAGCAGCUGGAGCAGCUGGUGUCUAGGCCUGGCACAGCCCCGAUGCCCAGUGACUUCCGGGUCCUCAGGGCCACAUACCGCGAGAACCCACUGGUCCUGUCUUGGUCUGCAGAGCUGAUCGCUAAGCUGGCCAGCGACAUUGAAGUCUUGGCCCUGCGAGCAGUGCAGCGCUUUGGCAAGUUCCACCUUGCGCUCUCCGGUGGCUCAAGCCCCGUGGCGCUGUUCCAGCAGCUGGCCCUGCAGCACUUUGGCUUCCCCUGGGCCCACACGCAUCUGUGGCUGGUGGACGAGCGCUGUGUCCCACCCACAGACUCAGAGUCCAACUUCCAGAGCCUGCAGGACCACCUGCUACAGCACAUCCGCGUCCCCUACUUCAACCUCCACCCCAUGCCUGUGUCCCUGCACCAGCGGCUCUGCGCCGUGGAAGACCAGGGCACUCAGCUCUACGCCCAGGAGAUCACUGCCCAGGUGGCCAACAGAAGCUUUGAUCUGGUGCUGCUGGGCAUGGGCAAUGAUGGGCACACGGCCUCACUCUUCCCCCAGUCGCCCACUGGCCUGGAUGGUGAGCAGAUGGUUGUGUUGACCACGAGCCCCACUGGACCACACCAGCGCAUGAGCCUCAGUCUGCCCCUCAUCAACCGGGCCAAGAAGGUUGCUGUCCUGGUCAUCGGCAGGAUGAAGCACGAAAUCGCCAUGCUGGUGAGCCGUGUGGGUCAUGAGCCCAAGAAGUGGCCCAUCUCCGGUGUCCUGCCAACUUCAGGCCAGAUGGUGUGGUACAUGGACUAUGAGGCGUUUCUGGGGUGA